AUGCUGUCGCUCCGUCAAUCCCUCUUAAAGAGCUUCCGUGCUCCGGUGCUCUCACGCGCUUCUCAAAUCCGAUCAUACAGUCUCACAAAGGACCAGCUUCAUCUUAUCUCUUCUCCUGUUCAAGAAGUCGAUUCUGAGCUUUUUGCCAUUGUUGAGCGCGAACGUCAGCGCCAAAAGGAAUCAAUCACCUUGAUUCCUUCCGAGAAUUUCACCUCGCGCGCUGUCAUGGACGUUCUUGGCUCUGAAAUGCAAAACAAAUACUCUGAGGGUUACCCCGGUGCCCGUUACUACGGUGGCAAUCAGUUCAUUGACCAGGCAGAGCGUUUGUGCCAGCGGCGCGCCCUCAAGGCCUUCAACCUCGAUCCCGAGCUCUGGGGUGUCAAUGUUCAACCUCUGUCUGGUGCUCCAGCAAACCUUUAUACCUACUCUGCUCUGCUCGAAGUUGGCGACCGUCUGAUGGGUCUCGAUCUUCCUCAUGGUGGCCAUCUUUCCCAUGGUUACCAAACCCCUUCCAAGAAGAUUUCUUACAUUUCCAAGUAUUUCCAAACCAUGCCAUACCGUCUUAACGAGGAAACCGGUGUCAUUGACUUUGAAACCCUUGAGACCACCUCUAAGCUUUUCAGACCCAAGAUCAUCGUCGCCGGUGCUUCUGCCUACAGUCGCGCAAUUGAUUACUCUCGCUUUCGCAAGAUUGCUGACAAUAUCGAUGCUUACCUCAUGGCUGAUAUGGCCCACAUUGCUGGUCUUGUUGCUGCUGGUGUGACCCCCUCACCUUUCGAGUACGCCGAUAUCGUUACCACCACCUCUCACAAGUCUCUUCGUGGCCCCCGUGGUGCCAUGAUCUUCUUCCGCAAGGGUGUCCGCAAAACCGACAAGAAGGGCCGUGAAAUUCUUUACGACCUCGAGUCCAAGAUCAACUUUUCCGUUUUCCCCGGUCACCAAGGUGGCCCCCACAACCACACCAUCACUGCUCUCGCUGUUGCUCUUGGCCAGGCUUCUACCCCAGAGUUUAAGCAAUAUCAGCAAUCUGUUGUCGAUAAUGCCCAGGCCUUUGCCAAGGCUCUCCAGGCUCGCGGCUAUAAGCUUGUCUCUGGUGGUACUGACACCCAUCUCAUUCUGAUUGAUCUCAAGCCUCAGAAGAUUGAUGGUGCUCGUGUCGAGACCGUCCUUGAGCUGAUCAACAUUGCUGCUAACAAGAAUACUGUUCCUGGUGACAAAUCUGCUCUUGUUCCUGGUGGUCUUCGUGUUGGUACCCCUGCCAUGACUACCCGUGGUUUCACUGCUGCUGACUUUGAAAAGGUCGCUGAGUACAUUGACAAGGCCGUCAAGAUUACUUCCCAAAUCAAGGCUGAUGUUGCCGCCAAGGGCGAGAAGACUAAAAUUGCUGACUUCCGUGGCCAUGCUGAAAACCAUCCCGAGAUUGAGCAGCUCAAGACCGAAGUCACUGAGUGGGCAAAGACCUUCCCUGUUCCUGGUGAGCAGGCGUAA